UGGCAGGAUAUCGUCGCCCGCAAACGAGCUGAGCGGGACUCCAAGAUUCCGCUGGAAUGGCGGCUCUCAGGCUCUCUCCCUCCUGGAACCAGGCCGAUAGACUAUCUUCCGCGUUGCGGGAUCCUCACAGAGCAAGACCUUGCCCUCACAAACCCCGCUCGAGAUGCCACCAAAUUGCUCUCUUUGCUGUCUGCCGGUCAGUUCACGGCUGAAGAGGUCGCCCGGUCGUUUUGCAAACGGGCCGCCGUUGCGCAGCAGCUGACCAACUGCUUGACCGAAAUAAUGUUCGAAGAAGCCAUCGGACGGGCUCAGUGGUUGGACGCCGAGUACAAGAAGCGAGGGAAACCUGUCGGGCCUCUUCACGGUCUUCCGAUCAGCGUCAAGGACCAAUUCUUCAUCAAGGGGCACGACAGCUCACUUGGAAUCACUUCCCUCUGCUUCCGACCAGCCAGAUCGACGAGUCAAGCUGUCCAGAUGCUGCUCAAUUCCGGCUGUGUCAUUAUCGCCAAGACAACAGUUCCCCAGACCGUCUUGACCGCUGACACCGACUCCAUCGUCUUCGGCCGUACCGUGAAUCCGCACCACGCUGAGUUUGGAGCAGGCGGAUCUUCAGGGGGCGAGGCUGCGCUGAUUGCUAUGGGCGGAUCUGCCCUGGGACUGGGAACGGAUGCAGCGGGAAGUGUGCGGAUUCCAGCUGCGGUAUGCGGCGUCGUGGGAUACAAGCCCAGCGCGUACAGAGUCCCGAUUGAUGGCCAAAGAAUCCUGGGCAAGGGCAUCAUGGGCACAACAGCUCUGGGGCCUCCGGCUGUCUCUGGCUUCCUUGCGAGGUCGGUGAGAGACGUGAGACUAGCAGCCAAAGUCAUGGCGAGUGCGGAGCCAUGGAAUGACAGCCCUUUCAUAUAUCCACAUCCGUGGAUGCAGAUAACAUUUCCCAGGGAGCCCCGAAUUGGCGUCUGGCUCAAGACUGGCGUGGUCCAUCUUCAUCCACCCGUCGAGCGAGGCCUUCGUCUUGCCUGUGACAGGCUGAGGAGAGCUGGAUACGACGUGGUUGAGCUCUCUCCCCCUCCAUUCCAGCAAGCGUGGGAUGUUCACCGCGAGUUUGGCGAAUUCAUGGAUCUAUCACACAUGCGCACACUGCUUGAAUCCGAGCCGCACACCAAGAUUGUUCAAGCCGCACAAGUCAUGACACCCGAGAAGAGGCGGCCAGAGCCAACGGUCGAAUAUCUGCAUCAGCUCAACUUCCAGAUCAUCCGCAUAGCCAUGCAGAUGAAGAGAUUGUGGAGACCGGACGGCGGCAGACCCCUCGAUGGGAUCCUCUUUGUCAAUGCGCCGCAUACUGCCGUGCCUUUUGAUAAGUUUACCUGGCUCGCCUUUACGAGUAUCAUGAAUCUUGUCGACUGGACGGGUAUUUCGAUACCCUUGAGCGAGGCUGUGGAUAAGAAGUUGGACGUCGGGAUGCCACUCGAGAAUUACUACAGUGACCUGGAUCGAUCUAUUCAGGAGCUCUACGAUGCGGAGAGGUUCCAUGGCUUACCGCUGGCAGUUCAGCUAAUUGGGCAACGAUUUGAAGACGAGAAGCUCCUUGCUUUAGCAGAU